UCGCGCGGGAGCAAGAGCCCCAGCUUGAGCGGCACAGGCGCAGGCAGCACUGGUUCGGCGCCUGCAGCAGCCACAGCAGCCCGGCGCGCGGUGGCGCCGGCGGCGGGCGGACGCCGCGGUCCGGCGGGGAACUGUGCGGAACCUUGCAGAACAGUGCGGACGGGGGCGCUGCGGCGAAGGCGGCGGCUCGCACCAGCGCGCACAUCAGCCCCCCGGGCCAGCCAGCGGCGGUGGCGGCGCCGGCGGGCGGGCCGGCGGGGCGGGCGCCUUGCAAACUGGUGCAUCUAGAUUAAAGGAUUUACCUGAAGACAAAGCAUUCUAUUCAUCAGAGACUAGACAAGAGUUACUCUUGCUUUUGGCAAUUAAAGAUGAUGUUGUCAUGGAAACAGUUGAUCCUGCUUUUGUUCAUUGGCUGCCUGGCAGGUGAGCUUGUUUUACAAGGCCCCGUGUUUAUCAAAGAGCCCAGCAACAGCGUUUUCCCUGUUGGUUCAGAGGAUAAAAAAAUAACUUUAAAUUGUGAAGCAAGAGGCAACCCUUCACCUCAUUACAGAUGGCAGCUGAAUGGCAGUGAUAUUGAUACAAGUCUGGACCAUCGUUACAAAUUGAAUGGAGGAAAUCUCAUAGUUAUUAACCCCAACAGGAAAUUAUCUCUCUCUUUUUGA